GUGACGUUCUGCUCAUCCCAGUGUGUGCGGUGCUGUCAGUGUGACCGGCAGAGGCCCCUCCUUUGGUUCCUAUCCCCCCGCCUCCUUCUCCUCCUGUUUCCCCGGCAUCGCCUCGUCAGCUGCCCCAUUUUAUUGAAACAAUAACUGGCUGUGAGCUUGCUCCCCCCGCCGCCUAGAGAAGGGCAGAGCGCGGAACGGGCUAUUACGGGCGGUACGGGAGCGGGCGGCGGGGAGCAGCCACAGGGAGGGGGAGAAGGAGGCAUGGCAGGCAGCUUUGGCAAAAUCCACAUAGGGAUAUAUGUGGAGAUCAAGCGGAGCGAUGGUCGGAUUCACCAAGCAAUGGUAACUUCUUUAAAUGAAGACAGUGAAAGCAUUACGGUUGAGUGGAUAGAAAAUGGAGACACUAAAGGAAAAGAGAUUGACCUGGAAAGUAUAUUUUCACUUAAUCCUGACUUGGCUCCUGAUGAAGAAAUUGACCCCGGGCCAGAGAUGCCACCUCCCCCUACACCUACUACUAAAGUAAACAAAAUUGUAAAGAAUCGACGUACUGUGGCUCCUGUUAAGAAUGAAACACCUGCAAGGGACAAUAGAGUUGCAGCAGUCAGUUCCGCACGUGCACGACCAAGCCAGCCUAUUGAACAGUCGGCCUCCGCACAGCAGAAUGGUAGUGUUUCAGAUAUAUCUCCAGAUCAGCCUGGAAAAAAGGACUUUGGCCCUCCUUCCCGAAGAAAAUCAAACUGUGUGAAAGAAGUGGAAAAACUGCAAGAAAAGAGAGAAAAAAGACGGUUACAACAACAAGAGCUGCGAGAAAAAAAAGCACAGGAUGUCGAUGCUACCAAUCCAAAUUACGAGAUCAUGUGUAUGAUAAAAGAUUUCCGUGGAAGCUUGGAUUAUCGGCCGUUAACCACUGCUGAUACUAUUGAUGAACACCGAAUAUGUGUAUGUGUUAGAAAACGUCCACUUAAUAAGAAAGAAAACACUGUGAAAGACCUUGAUGUUAUUACAAUACCAAGUAAAGAUGUUGUAAUGGUACAUGAGCCAAAACAAAAAGUGGAUCUCACUAGGUUCUUAGAAAAUCAGACAUUUCGUUUUGACUAUGCCUUUGAUGAAACUGCCCCCAAUGAGAUGGUUUACAGAUUCACAGCUCGCCCGUUGGUAGAAACCAUCUUUGAAAGAGGAAUGGCAACUUGCUUUGCAUAUGGGCAAACUGGCAGUGGAAAAACUCAUACUAUGGGUGGUGACUUCUCUGGCAAGAACCAAGACUGUUCAAAAGGAAUCUAUGCGCUUGCAGCACGAGAUGUUUUUCAAAUGCUAAAGAAACCAAAUUAUAAAAAAUUAGAACUUCAGGUUUACGCAACUUUUUUUGAAAUUUACAGUGGUAAGGUCUUUGACUUGCUGAACCGGAAAACCAAGUUAAGAGUCCUAGAAGAUGGCAAGCAGCAGGUGCAAGUCGUAGGGUUACAGGAGCGGGAAGUUAAAUGUGUGGAAGAUGUACUCAAGCUCAUUGAAAUUGGUAACAGCUGCAGAACAUCGGGUCAGACCUCUGCAAAUGCACAUUCAUCUCGAAGUCAUGCAGUGUUCCAGAUCAUCCUGAGAAGGAAAGGGAAAUUGCAUGGCAAAUUUUCCCUUAUUGACUUGGCUGGAAAUGAAAGAGGAGCUGACACCUCAAGUGCAGACAGGCAAACUCGGCUUGAAGGCGCUGAAAUCAACAAGAGCUUAUUAGCCUUAAAGGAGUGCAUUCGAGCCCUAGGAAGGAACAAGCCGCAUACUCCUUUUAGAGCAAGUAAACUGACUCAAGUGCUGCGAGAUUCCUUCAUUGGGGAGAAUUCCCGUACCUGCAUGAUUGCCACUAUUUCUCCGGGUAUGGCAUCCUGUGAAAAUACAUUAAACACUUUAAGAUACGCAAAUAGGGUAAAGGAGUUUGGCAUUAGCCCAUCGGAUAUUCCCUUCUCACAGGGUAGUGGAAGUCGCUCUGAUCUCUCUCCUUCCUAUGAGUAUGACGACUUUUCUCCCACACUGACAAGAGUGAAGGAACUUACUGUGGAUCCCAGCGCUGCAGGAGACCUCCGCCCCAUGAUACAUCAUGCCCCUAACCAGCUGGACGACGUGGAAGCUUUGUGGGGAGUGGGGAGCUCUCCUCAGAGAGAUGAUCUUAAGCUGCUCUGUGAGCAAAAUGAGGAAGAGGUUUCCCCGCAGUUGUUCACAUUCCAUGAGGCCGUGUCUCAGAUGGUAGAAAUGGAGGAACAGGUUGUAGAAGAUCACAGAGCAGUCUUUCAGGAGUCUAUCAGGUGGCUAGAAGAUGAAAAAGUGCUUUUAGAGAUGACAGAAGAAGUCGAUUAUGAUGUUGAUUCCUACGCUACACAACUUGAAGCCAUCCUGGAGCAAAAGAUUGACAUUCUCACUGAAUUACGGGACAAAGUGAAGUCUUUCCGUGCUGCGCUGCAAGAGGAGGAGCAGGCGAGCAAACAAAUCAACCCCAAGAGGCCUCGAGCUCUUUAAUGGAUGAAGCAAUGACUUACUGUAAAACCACCAAGUUAUCACCGCGCCGUAACAACCCACAUACUUGAAACAUUCACUUUUAUAAAGUCAGUGGAAACGUCGGCUUCUUACGCCAGAAUGGGAACCCCCCCCCCAGUUUUGGGCUAAGCGCUACUAUGCUGAUUAUUUUAGAGCGACUUUUAGUCCACGCAGCACAACUCUCCUAGGACUGCAAGUCGCCGUGUCCGGAUAUUCAGCUCAGUCACGUCUUUUGUUCCGAGUCUUUCUGCUUUUUUUUUUUUUUUUUUUUUUUUUUUUAAUAAAUAAAUUGAAACGACCUGUGGACUGGAGAAUACAUGGCAUAAGAUUUUAUAAUGGUGUUCCCAUCUUGCUCCCCUGAAAACAAUGGCUGUGCGAUUUUAAGCUCUCUGCAUGCCUGCAUAUCCAUCCGUGAUUGUACAGAUUUUAACUGACCCUGCUGUGCCCAUAUCCUAC